UGACAGAUACGCGCGUAGAAGAAAUCGAGGAAAUGCGCAACCCCUGCGAGGAGUAAUGGAGGCAUUCACCUUCACCUUGCAGGGUACAUCGAGCGUCUUUUUUCGACCAGCUUCGACCUCCAGAUUGUCGGCCGCAUGGGCUAUUGAGAAAAGUCAAUGCGAGCAGCAUUUUAGACACACUUCUGCUUUCCAUGCAUGUUUCCCCGGGAUGCAAUAUAGUUGCGUAUCUGAUGACGCCUGCGAUGCCGUUGUCGCAGCAGCGUCGCGUCAGAGGGUGGAUGGAAAGAAGGAGCACGUGCAAGAGCGUGAAACCCUAGGGCGAAACCCCGAAGCCUGGAGACAGCUACGAGAAGCGCGCCGAGCGUGGCAGGAUACUCCCGAGGAGGUUUUCGCGAGGUCGGGUUGGUCCGGCGUGCGUCGCGCGGCCGUGGCAGCGGUGCAUCGCGCGUGUGACGCUGCGGAGCAGUGGGAACCGGGGCUCGGCGCGCUGCUGGCGGAGGAUGCGAGGCGCAGCCGAAUGCUAGGCGAGCUCAAAGGCGCGCUGGCAAGGGCAGGUGCAGCAGAGGAGGAGGUGCGAGAGGGGGGGCAGGCUGGUUGCGGCCGGGUGGAAGCAGGCAACGAGGAUAACGAUGGCAGCGGGCAGGAGGACGAGGCGAGGGCAGAGGGCCUAAUGGGCCUAAUGGGAGGAGGACGAGCAUCAGAGACGGAGGCCGCACGGCAGAAGUUCCGCUGCUGCUGGGCGUGCCCGUGGCAGUCAAGGAUCUGGUCCACGUGGACGGCUUCUCCACGCAGGCAGGCGCGCUGCUGGGCUUCCCUGCGCUGGACUCGGUGCUGUGGAUGAAAGAGGGCGAGAUCAUCCAACGGUUGAGGUCUGCUGGUGCUAUCGUCCUGGGCAAGGCCGCCAUGACGGAGUUUGCGUACCGCCACCCUUCUCGCACGCGCAACCCUCUCGCUCCAUGCGUCACGCCUGGCGGCUCCAGCAGCGGAUCAGCAGCCGUGGUGGCAGCAGGCAUCUGUCCGCUGGCUCUCGCGUCUCAGACGUGUGCGUCCAUCUCUCGUCCAGCUGCAUUCACAGCCACCGUGGGCUUUAAGCCCUCGCACCGCCGACUGCUCGCCCACGGAUGCGUUUCACCCUCCCCCUCGUUGGACCAGUUCGGUGUGAUCGCUGCCUCGGUGCGCUGGGCAGCCCUCUGGGCUCAAGCCGUGCUGCCCGGCUGGCAAUCAACCCCUUGUGCCGCGGCACAGGCCCCCCUCUGCGUGGCAAUCCCUGAUGGUCCGCUGGUGGAGCAGUGUGAGGAGGGGGCAGCACGCGAGGGGUUUCAGCAGCUGCUGACAUGGAUGAGGACGAGCAGGGCAUGGCGGGUGGUGUCGCUGCCCUGCCUGCAUGACUUGCAGCGAAUCAAAGAGUCCCACGUGGCUCUCAUGGCAUUUGAGUAUGCCCACUUCCUCGACUCCCUCAGCCUGCCUGACCUGCCCUCCCUCGUCUCCCCGUCUCUCAUGGAGUUGAUCUUGGCUGGCAGGGAUGUGACAGCAGAGGAGGUAGCAGCAGCCAAGGCCUCUUGCCUGGCGCUGCGCCACGGGCUGCAGCAGCAGCUCAGGCAUGCUGGUGCUGACGCCUUCAUUGUCCCGGCAGCCACCGGCUUCCCCCCGCCCUUCCAUCAAGGCACCACUGGCGACCCCAUCAUGUCCAUCCCCUGGAGCCAUGCGGGCCUGCCCACAGUCACCCUGCCACUCGCACUCGCACCUGCCACGGGGACUGCACCUGGGAGUGCUGAUGCUGGCACGCACAAGGGACGCGCUCGUGAUCGCACCGAGUGCAUGGAGGAGACUCUUCCACUGGGAGUCACACUUGCUGGGAUGUGGAACGAAGAUGAAAUGCUUAUGGAUGUUGCAAUGGAGCUUGAGCGUUUCAUUGCUGUGCAUGCGAAUGUUGCUAACCCAUGCAGGUACCGUAUUCCCCCGGAUAUACGCACCGCCAGCUAAAACGCACCAUGGUGCGUAUAUCCGGAGGGGUGCCAUAUCGGAUGUGCCAAUGAUACGCACCCCCCCAUUUUCCAGAUUCUAAUCCCUAUACGCACCCCCCUUUUCCCCGUCGGAAUCUCGCACUGACUAUGUUGACUGUACAUUUCGCAUCAAGUUUACGUGAGGAAUCACUUCAUCACACAAAAUCGACCCCUGACCUUCCGACUCAUCGAAGGUAUGGUCAGCAAAGCUCUGCUGCCAUGUCAGAUGAGAGAACGGAUGGCCAGGAUCGCCCACG